AUGUCCCUGCAGUGGUACGCUUUUUGUUUAGCAUUACUAAGCAAAGCAUUGCUUGCAGGCUGCAAACCGUCGCCAUUAUUUAUUGAUGAUGAGGAAGUGAAUAUCGUCCGAAACCUAGAAAAUAGAGUAUUGGAUUUCAUCGAAUCGUCGAUAGGGUAUUAUUUAAGAUCAGACGUUGAUAACGAUGAUGUGGAUUUAAAUUUAAUGCUCGGGGUAUCCAUAAUGAAAGGUCAAUUUAUGUCGUGUACUGACAAUCCUCGAAUGAACUAUAAUACUGGUUUCUCUAAGACGUACAAAUUGAAUAUAAUGAUUGAAAAUCUGUACUUAAAAUUUUAUAAAAACAAUUUAUUGGAUUCAACUAGAAAAAUUCUGGAUCACAAACUUUGGAUAUCCCCGCAAACAUUAAUACAUAAAUCAAAUAUUACAUUACCUGCUAAAAUAUGGCACGAUAAGGAUAUUUUAGACAACGGUGAUGUAUAUUUUCGCAAUAUUUCGGAUAAAUGCAUUGGUCAAGCAAUUUCUUCAUGCAAUGUAACACAUGAAUGCUUUCAACCAGAAUUUCAGAAACAAUUUUUUAGAUAUGCACUUACGCAUCAAGUAUUGUAUAUUCAUCUUUUAAAGAAAAUGAAAUGUAAAAAUAUGAAAUAUCAAAAUGAUGUGUUAAAAGAAAUAAUAAAACAUAAAUGCAGUAUAAUUUUUGAAGAAGCUCAAAACAUAGCCAAUGAUUUUGAAAUGCAGGACAGAUAUAAAGAUUUAUUCAUUGAACAAAUUGCUAUUUGUGGAAUGGAAAACAUGGUGGAUUUUUUUCGUCCAGAAUGGUUUUCAAUUAUUGUAUCUUCAAUAAUACACAACAACUGCAUUGAACACAAAAAUAACAAAUUGUCCUGCGAUUCACAUUUGACAGGAGUAUCAUUGGCAGCGUUGGGAGUGUACUGGAAAUUUCUAUGUUACAAAGUCAACACAUACGCAGUAUAUUGAUUUUCAAAAUACUAUAAUUAUAUAAUAUUGGAUAAUAUACAUUUACCAUUUUAUUUUGGUCA